CGGAGUGAACAUGCACUAGUUCGAAAACAAUAUUUUUUGUGGUUGAUUUAGCUAAUCUUCUGUAUUUGAAAUGCCUGUAAUUUGUGGAGGAACUUCCGAGGCAAAAGAUGCCAAUGAAAAUGUGCAGAAAAUAUGCGAUGAGUUGAAGUCCCAUGUCGAGGAUAAAACUGGACAGAAGUAUGACGUUUUCAUCGCCAAAUCAUAUAAAACACAAAUUGUUCAAGGAAAAAACUUCUUCAUCAAGGUGCAUGUAGGUGGGGAUGACUUUAUUCAUUUGCGUGUGUUUAAUAGCCUGCCCUGUUAUGGAGGCAAACUAGAGCUGCAUAGUCUGCAGCCAUCCAAAGCUCACCAUGAUGAGAUUGAAUACUUCUGAGUGAAACUUCCAGAAAGACCCUAAAUCAAAUCAGCAUCCCUAUGCUCAUGAAACCAGCUGAUGGCCUUAAAGUAAUGAACAUAUGCAUUUGUUUACUAGUGGGAUCAUAAGUAAAACACUAUCUGCAAUAAAAUUGCUUAAGUUUAGUAAUUAUGUCCGUAUGUGUGUCCAGACAUUGUGUAUUUGGCCAUAGGAUAACAGUUAAUUUUUUACACUAAAAACAUCAAAUCACACCGUUAAUCUGAUAAAUAACUAUGGUGACAGACUGGUCUUUACAAAAGUAUUUGACCAUAUCCCCUGAUUAUAUAUAAAUGUAUACUUAAAUAACUGCUUGUACUAUAUACAUUAUUUACAUAAAAUGCAUGGAUGAAACCCUUCAACUGAACAUUUACUAUGUUGGCAUCAUGCCUGUGUUUAGUCUU